CAUUUUCCGAAACUGCCAAAAGAGUUUUCUCGUUUUCAUCAACAUCUUCAUCAACCUUCAAUUUCAUUUUACGAUACCCCUUGCCCUUAAAUACUCCUGCCUUCAGAAAAAUAAGAAGAUAUGGGGGGCAAGUCUGAGAACAAGGCCAACUAUUUCGACAAGCUCAAGGGCUUGCUCGAGGCCUACAACUCCAUCUUCAUCGUUGAGGUUGACAAUGUCAGCUCUCAGCAGAUGCACGAGAUCCGACAGGCUCUCCGAAGCAAGGGUGUCGUCCUCAUGGGCAAGAACACCAUGGUUCGCCGAGCCUUGAAGACCUUCAUCCCCGACUCCCCCGAGUACGAGCGUCUCCUCCCCCACGUCAAGGGCAACGUUGGUUUCGUCUUCACCAACGACGACCUUAAGGAGGUCCGUGACAUCAUCCUCGCCAACAAGGUUGCUGCUCCUGCUCGUGCCGGUGCUCUCGCCCCCGCCGAUGUCUGGGUUCCUGCUGGAAACACUGGUAUGGAACCUGGCAAGACCUCUUUCUUCCAGGCCCUCGGUGUCCCCACCAAGAUUGCCCGUGGUACCAUUGAAAUCACCACUGAUCUCAAGCUCGUUGAGGCCGGCUCCAAGGUCGGUCCCUCCGAGGCCACGCUCCUCAACAUGCUUAACAUCUCUCCUUUCACCUACGGCAUGGGUAUCUCUCAGGUCUACGACCAGGGACAGUCUUUCCCUCCCAGCGUCCUCGAUGUCGGUGAGGAGCAGCUCCUCAAGACUCUGUCUCAGGCUAUCACCACCAUUGCCACCAUCUCUCUGGCAUUGAACUUCCCCACUUUGCCAUCUGUUCUGCACUCGGUUGUCAACAGCUACAAGAAGGUUCUUGCUGUUGCGAUCUCCACCGAGAUCACAUGGCCCGAGAUCGAGGAGCUGAAGGACCGCAUUGCCAACCCCGACGCUUAUGCUUCCGCCGCUCCUGCCGCUGCCGCUUCCGGUGGCGCUGCCGCCCCUGCUGAGACUGAGAAGAAGGACGAGUCCGAGGAGGAGGAUGAGGACGAGGAGGGCUUCGGCGGUCUUUUCGACUAAAUGUAGUCACACCUACCGGAUGUACGACUGCCUUCCAGGACUUUGGCUGGGUUUACGACUUAUGUAUCUUAAAAAAGGGGCACAUAGAUCGUCUGCUGGACAAUUGAAUCUGUCGCGACGGUUACGAAUCAAGUUUUAGGAUCAACAUGCGAGUGAAAACUUUUACCAAACCGACUAAUGCAGCUCUGCUGAUAGAGUGCGAUAUUCAAAAAGGUCUCCUCGCCCUCGAUUGUUCUCAAGCUUCCUCAGUGUGAUGUCCGUGCAUGUUUACCAAACGAAUUUAAUAGCCGAGCUAAACUGUAGGAUAUGAGAAGAAUGGUAAUACCUAAUCAUAUGUACUAAGAGAAAGCUCGCACUUCUAGUUAAUCUUUCUAUCCUAAAUGGAAGUCUAGAACUCUUGUUGCAUGUUCCAGGCACGGAUUUGAGUUUGGAGGUGAACCAAUAUCGAAUAAUUCUAUCUGUCCAUUGCAUUCUCACGCCUUGUAGUUUGUCUUAUUAUCCAUUAUCCCAUAAGUUUGCAAGAAAACAUCAUCAAGUCUUUUAUUUUAAUCUUUAUUAUUGGCCG